AUGCCAAUAAAGAAUGUGCUUUCAUGGACCGGUCUUAUUGAUGGCUACACGCGGAUGAACCACUAUAACGGAGCUUUGGCCUUGUUUCGGAGAAUGGUUGUGAAUGAGGGAAUUAAACCAACAGAAGUAACUAUUCUUGCUGUUUUUCCGGCUAUUUGGAAUCUUAGGCGUCUUGAAUCUUGCCAAAUAAUCCAUUCUUAUGGAGACAAAAGUGGGUUUAAUGCAUCUGAUAUUCGUGUUAUGAAUUCUCUUAUUGAUGCAUAUGCAAAAUGUGGGUGCGUAGAGAGUGCAAUUCGAGUUUUUGAGGAUAUAUCUGAUGAGAGGAGGAACGUGGUGUCGUGGACGUCAAUAAUAUCUGGGUUUGCAAUGCAUGGAAUGGGAAAAGAAGCUGCAGAUAGUUUUAAACGAAUGGAAAAUGCAUGCAUGAAGCCAAAUCCAGUUACAUUCUUGAGUGUGUUAAAUGCUUGUAGUCAUGGAGGCCUGAUUGAUGAGGGGCUUGAGUUUUUCAAAAAAAUAGUGGACAAGUGUGGUGUUGUACCAGACAUUAAGCAUUAUGGGUGCUUGAUAGACAUGUUGGGUCGUGCAGGGAGGCUUGAUGAAGCGGAAAAUAUGGCUUUGGAUAUUCCUAUGGAAAUGGUUAAUGCUGUGAUCUGGAGGACGCUUUUGGGUGCUUGUAGCUUCCAUGGAAACAUUGAGGUGGGGGAGAGAGUCACACGGAAGAUACUGAACAUGCAGAAAGAAUAUGGUGGUGACUAUGUGCUUUUGUCCAAUAUUUUUGCUGGUGCCAGUAGGCAAUCUGAUUCUGAGAGUGUGAGAAGAGCAAUGGACGAACGAAAUGCCUACAAAUUCCUGGCCUUAGUUUGGUCUGAUGAAUAG